AAUCCCAAUGUAGUGUAGUGUUACCACAAUCGCUUACGAAAUUUAGCGCUUAAUUUGAAUUUAAUUUUUGUGUUUGUUAAAUUAAGAACGUUAAAAUGGGAACAUUUAAGUUAAUAACAGUAAUUAAAAGACAUAUUUCGUCAUUAAAAAAAAAAACAUUGACUUGCCCACUUCAUUUAACUGAUAAUGACGUUAUUGACAUGUUAUGGAAAGCUUUGGAAUUUAAAAAAUUGUAUUUGUGUUACGACUAUCAAACCAAAAUUUUAAGAAAAUGUACCCUCAUAUAUCUUUCGGCCGAUUCCAAAAUGAACUUCACUAUUCCUAUAUUAAAAGCUACCAAAUUAUUCGGAAUGGAUUUGAAAAUAAUUUCGGAUAGUAAUUGGUUUAAAGAUAAUGAUUUGCAAGAUGUUGCGUCAUAUUUAUCAAAUUUCGGUAAUAUAAUAGCAUAUACUGCAAAAUAUCAUACAAAACUUCAGGAGAUGAUUGAUGCAUUUCGUAUUCCUGUUUUAUGUCUUCAGGACUGUCGGUAUUCCGUUGCCGACACUCUUUCUGAUAUUAUGACUUUUUAUGAACAAUUUGGAUACUUAACAGACUUAAAAUUGGCUUGGCUUGGACCACCAUCUAGUGAACUUAAUACUUUUCUGCAUUUAGCGCCACAUUUUGGCAUACAAGUUGCUUAUUGUUGCUCUUGUGAUCCUGAGACACGUACUUCCCCUUCAUCGUUAUUUGAAGCUAAGAAUGAAUUCAAUGCCACAAAGUACAUAGAGAAGUCCAGGGAGAAACUAAACACAGACUUGUUUAAAAAUGCCAAACCAAACUGGGUUUAUUUACGAAAAUUACCGAGGGCAGUUAAAGAGGCUGACGACCAUGUUUUUAAGAAUUUUGAAAGAUGUAUUACAUGGAAGUCGAGUAUAAAUAAUGUUUGGAUUUAUAUGAGUUUGAUUAUGAAACUCUUAAAAGAAUAUAAAAAUGUUACACACAAGCCAAAUUUCGAAAACACAAAUUCUCAGCAAAGAUAUAAAGUUUUGCCUAAAAAAUAGGUAUCAGUCGUAAGUUUUUAUUAUUAAAUUUAUAGCAAAGGAAAGAAUAAUAAAUUAUGCAAUUUAAAUAAAUUUAUGACUUUAAAAUGGUCAUUCAAUCUACAGCAGGCUUUAUCUUCCUCAUACUAAAUAAUUACGUGUUUAACAAUCCAGCAGAUGA